AUGCAUUCAGAACACUCACAGCUGUUAGGAGACGAGACCGGAGAGCAGAGCCACGUCAAGCAGACCUUCCUCAAACACAGAGAGAAAAAAGAAGAAGAAGAAAGUGGAGAUAUGACUCUGUCAGCUGUGCAACAACUUUUUCUGCUGUGUUUAUUCAUUUGCUUUGGAUGUUGGAGCACAACAGAUGCCAGUCCUCUUGAUCAGUGGGAAGACGGCAUAGUGUUACAAAAGGUGCGAGGGAUCAGAAGUGAUGAUUUGAGUGGUGUCUUGCGGAGAGACCAGAAUGAGGAGCAGGUUCAGAAUGUCUUCAAAAGAUUCCUGUUUCAUUACUCCAAAGCACGCAACUCUGUUGGAGCUGUACAAAAAGAGUCUCAUUCAGUUCACCCUCUCAUGCGACUUUCACCAAAGCUUUCCCAGAGGAGAAAGAAGAAGGUGGUACUUUUGGUGAGGACACAGAUCUGA